AUGUUCUUGGUCAGGCUUCACCACUUCGAUCCUCUUAUGGAAGCAACCUCCAUACUGGCUCAAAUUUCUCAUGAAGCUGACCUGAAAUUCUCGUCGUCGAAGUUCUCCCUAAUUACCUCGUACCCUUCCCUUCGCUUCGUCGCAACAUUUCAAAUCUCGCACCGUUUCUUCGCCAACUAUUUCGUCGAUCGGAAUCACAGUUCAAGGGUUUCCCUCCAAUCCUUCUAUAAUGCCAUGUACGCUGGUAUAGUUUUUUCUUCAAUGACCAUUCAUUUUCCAGAAACAACAAGCCGCAUGGUCCUUCAAUUCGAGUCUUCAAAUCAUACGAGGAUGCAAAUGCAUCGUGUGUUAAAAUUAUCACCUUCUCAAGAGGAGGAAUUAGGCCAAAUUCAACAUGAUCGAUUUUUCUCUAUCAUUUCACAAGAUUUUAGAGACAUCGUAACAGGAUUACCCUCGUUCCCAAAUGAUUCAAUUUUCGUUAGUCUAACGAGUUCACAAGUCAAGUUUUGUUGUGCUUCAGAAGAGAGAAUUCUUACCAAAGAGGGUGGACGAUGCGUAAUUGUAGGUUAUGAAGGGCAAGCUGAAAUUGUAUUUCAAAUCAAUCUCAAUCCCAAGUGGUUUUUCUUUAAUUUGAGUUAUGGAGCAUAUAGGAUAUGGUUUUACAAGACAAUUGAUUCUCGUUGUGUAAUCUUUAUCCCAGCCUUUGGAUUGAAUGCCCAAUAUGUGAUCUACUUUUCCUAA